AUGGCUGCCGCGGUCGAAGGUCUUGGCAUCCCCACUUCGCCCCUCAUCGUCCCCUUCGCUGACCGGACCCUCCUCAACAUGACAGCCUCAAUACCCGGCGACCGCGCCGACGAACAUGCUUUCCUUGAUUCUGUCGAGGGGGAAAUCUCAUUCUUCCGCUCUAUCAUGCGGGCCCGACCAGUGGGCAUGCACCGCUACUUCCAUAUUCUUACGAUCCGGAACGCUAUCUUGAAAGACACAGGGCACACUGUGCAUGUUGAGACGCUGUGGGAGAAGCUGAGGAAAUGCUAUGACCUUGACGCGUUGGACGCCAUUGACGUUGAAGCAGAGGGAUACCUCUCAUCCAAGUCCGGCACAACGCCCAUAUCCAUCCGCUCGCCUUCACCCUCCGAGAACCUCGCCCUCCACCCUUUCUUCCGCGAAGAGUUCUCACUACCCUAUGAGGACUUCGAGUCCAUCAUCGCCCAACGGCGGCUACGAUCCACAGCCUCCCUUCCAUCCUCCCCGGCCCCCGCUUCUUCCCCUGCGCCUCCACCAUUCGCAAGCACAUCCAGCGGGCCGCCACUCUCCUCAGGCAAACGCAGUGCCGCGGGCUCGGUGGGUGACGGCCCGCGCAAGCGCCCGAAGAACGCGAAGAGCAAGCUGAAUCUGGCGGGGUUAGUAGGCGGCGACAGUGACAGCAGCGCGUUGACGCAGGAGAGCGGGGACGAGGGCGGUGUGCCGGAGACGCCGAGGGACAGUGUGAUCACGGGAACGGAUGCCGGGACGGACUAUGCCGAGGAUGAUGAUACAGAAAUGCGGGACCCGUCCCCACCAGCGGCGGACUCGCCACGGCCAACGAGAGGGCGCGGAGGGAGGAGAGGACGCGGGGGAGGGAGAGGGGGGACCAGGGGCACUUCGAGGAAGAAAAAGAAGUAG